AUGACGGCAACAUCUUUUGAACCCAAGCCGGUUAUGUUUCAAAUGAUUUCCGCUAUGGGUCAGUUUGGGGGAUUAUCUUCGGAAGAUCUGCAUUCUCAUUUGAAAUCUUUUAUUGAAAUGACGGAUCAUUUUAAAAUUCCGGGAGUUACUCAAGAGGCCUUACGCUUGACGCUUUUCCUUUAUACAUUGAAGGAUAGAGCUAGAGCAUGGCUAAAUUCCCAACCACCAAACUCGAUCCUUACUUGGAAUGAUUUGGCGGAAAAUUUUCUAAAAAAAUACUUUCCUCCGACGAGGAAUGUAAAGAUUAGAAAUGAAAUUAUGGCGUUUCGCCAAGAAGAAGAUGAAGCGGUAUCGGAUGCAUUGGAGAGAUUCAAGGACCUUCUUAGGAAGUGUCCUCACCACRGAAUCCCUCAUUGUAUUCAACUAGAAAUGUUUUAUAAUGGACUUUCUAGUGCCGCUAAGAUUAUUCUUGACGCAACGGCCGGUGGUGCUUUUACAGCAAAAACCUACAAUGAGGGGUAUGACAUUUUGGAACGAAUUUCUAAUAAUAAUACUGAAUGGUCUAACCCUCGUGCUGUCAUUUCUAAAUCUGCCUCAGGCAUUCAUGAGCUUGAUGUCAUUUCUUCUUUGAAUGACCAAAUUGUUGCGCUAACUAAUUUGGUUAAAAAUAAUUUAAACUUAAAUGGGGAAAAGAAUCAAGUCCAAUCCAUAAUGUCUAAUUCUUCCAUGACUGAAUCUUGUGUUUUUUGUGGUGAAAGUCAUUCUUAUGAGUUUUGCCCCGGAAACCUCGUUUCGGUAAAUUAUGUUGGGAACCAUACAAGGAAUAGCCCAUUUUCUCCAACGUACAAUUCGAAUUGGAGAAAUCAUCCGAAUUUUUCAUGGGCCGAAAAUACGGGACUUCAACCCCCCGGGGCAACUCAAGUUCAAAACCGACCUUCGAAUCCCCCGGGAUUUAAUCAAGGUGGUCAUCACAUGCAAUGUAAUAAUCACAUGCAAGGCAAUCAUCACAUGUACCAAAGUGGACAAUCUUCACAAUCACAUGCACCUAGGCAACAAAAUGCAUCGGAGGGUAAUGGUUCACUCGAAACUUUACUUAAAGGUUUUAUAAACCAAACCAAUGCAACCUUAAGGAGUUUUGAGACCCAACUUGGCCAAUUUGCCGCGAAUCUCACGAAUAGACCUCAAGAAACUUUGCCUAGUGACACGAAAAUACCUAAGGAACAUGUUAAGGCCGUGACUUUGAGAAGUGAUAAGGACUUAGGGGACUCUAAUGCCGAAAAAUAA